AUGUUCAAGUCCAGCUACUUGCAUGAAGUGCACAAGGAAAAAUACGAACACUCUGAUGCAUUCGAAGAUCAAGGUGAAGCAGGGACUGAAACCUCUUCCAGCAUGGUGCCUGAUUUGGAGAGCCUACAGGAGCUGAACAGCCGUUUCGCCCGCUACAUCAACAGGGCCCGUGUGCUGGAGCAGCGGAAUGCGGUUUUCCGCAAGCAGCUGGAGACGCUGCAGCACAUGGAAGAGGUAGCCGGACUCGAGGAGGUCAUUGCUGAGCAGAUCGGAACAAACCAAGAGCGCAUUCGUGAACUUCAGGGUGAGCGCGUCAAACUGGAAAGAGAACUCAAGGAUGCUGAGCGCAUGCUGGAAGAAUUCACUGACAGAUACAGAAAUGAGUGUGAAUACCAAGACCAACUUCGAGGGACUCUAGAGCAGCUCAAUAAGGAAGCAGACUCUGCACUGCUGAGGAACCUGGAGUUUCAGAUCGAAUCUCAGUUCCUGCAGGACGACAUAAACGCCACGAAGGAAAGACAUAAAAAGAACCUUAGUGAGAUACAGACAUACUUGAACAUCCUCCACCAGAUCAACCAGACUGUUGUCUUAAUGCCCAGUGUGUCAGUCGGGCUCUCAGAGGAACAGGAGAAGCUGAUAAGUCAGAAGAGAGUUCCUGCAUUGAAAACUCAGUUAGAGGAGUGUAAGAGUGCUCUCUGCCAGCUGCAGGCGCAGAAGCACAAGCUCCAAACCGAGACUUCAGCACUGGAGCAGGGCAUCAAAAUCACUCAGGAGAGCUAUGAUGAAGAGAUCCAACUGUACAACGAGCAAAUCGAAACCCUCAGAAAGGGGAUCGAGGAGGCUGAGCACUUGCUGGAGAAAUACACCAGCGAGUGCAGACAGCUGGUCGUGUACCAAAGCUCCCUGGAGAACGAGCUGGAAAGAUACAAGAGAAUCAUCGAGAAUGAAGACAGCAGAUUGAAUUCAGCUAUAAUUGGAACCCCCAUUAGUCUGUUCACCAGCAAUUACAGAUCACAGUCUCACAGCUCCACCAUGACCAGCCGAGGGAAAGAUAUCACUCAAGCCUUCCAGGACAUUGCCAGUGUCAAACCUCGUCAGAAGAACCAGGCCAAGAAGGUGAUCCAGAAGAAGGAUCUUACUUCCAAAGACAUGACAGAUGAUAGUGUGCAAGAGGAAAAAGAGAAAGAUGCAUUUGACCCAGUUGAAUUUGAAGCUGAGGUGAAACAAGCUGCCCUCUCGAGGGCUGCGGCUCGUAACGACAUGCCCGACGGUGCCCAGAUCAGCAAGGCAUUCGACACCCUCUGCAACAUUGUGCGCAACCGCAUGAGACGGUUCAGGCAGCCUGAACCUGUCACCGAUUUCUACACUAAAGGCCGCUACGUCCUAGUGACAGGUGAAUCCAGCUACCUGGACCCCUGCUUCUACACCACAACGCCCUCUGCUGGCCACAUCGUCGUCACCAUUUGUGACAGCGACAUCUCCCCUUUGGAUCCCUGUGUGCACAAAUAUCCCUCUCCUCCACCUAGUCCCUCCCCUGCCACCCCUAGCUUUCCAGUAAUUCCUCCCAGUCCUCCUGAUGACAACCACAGCGGAAAGAAAGACGACGAGGCAAGUAGCAAGGAAGAUAAUAACGACCCCAAAGAUCCACAGCAGGGCAAGGAAAAGAGAAAAAAAAGUGGCCAACAUGGAUCCAAGACCUCAAGCUCCAGCAUAACUCCUGAUUCCAUAAGCUAUGAGAAGGUGGAAGUUGUGGAGUCGGUGGAGAAGCUUUCACCUGACCUCAGAGUGAAGGAGUAUGAGGAAACCUCCAUGGUGGUGGAGACUAUGAUUGAAAAGAAGAGCAAGAAGAGGCAUCUGGACAGGGCUCAGUAAAAGGUUUUUGGUGCUGCUUUUUAUUCUUAAAACAGUGGUUUACCUUCGCCAUGAGUUUUUGAUCUACAGCUAAAAAUCCAAGAAAUCACUGAAUUCAGCGAGUUGCUCUGAUUUGUAUAUUUGAAAGAAAUUAG